AUGGCUAACCUGCAGCAGGAAUACCCUGGGGUCCUUCUGGGGAUCCUGGAGGAACUGGCCAAUAUGCGCCAAUUGCUGACCUUCCAGGACCUUUGUCGCAUGGUCAGCACCCGCUUUGACCUGGAACACCUUAUCGAGCUCAGGAGUUUGCUGUUUGCUGCUGCCAGCCGGGACCCCUGUUUCCCAGCUACCCUCUUCAGAAAUAGGGUUUCUGCCAGAGGCCAGGGGCUAUCGCCCAUAGGCGUCGCUGCUGACAUUGUAACUAUCUUCAAUCUUAUUCAGAUGACGGGUGGAGCCCCUGAUGAUAGCCAACCAGUGAGAGCCCAGACAGUCCUCCCCGUCGACCAGUCCCCAGGCCCCAGUCUGCCUGGAAUGCACCAGCUGAACAUUUAUGGUCGAGAAAGAGCACGUGCCCACUCUGACUCCAGUGGCAGGCCUAUCGACCAACACUUGCUGUUUCCAAGAUCUAAUUACUCUGCCCGCAAGCGAGCAAGUCUUCCCCCGGAUCCAAUCUCACUCGUGUCCUCCCCUCCAAUAAGGGCGAGGGCUGUGUCUUUUGACUUGCCUCACACCACACUUAUGUACCCUAGUGGUCAAAUCCCCAACGAAGUCAUGAAGAAUAUCUACCUCCCUUUGGAGACGGACAGCGAGUCUAGUGGAGAUUCUGCAGCCAUCGAGGUGUUUGAACCUGAACCGGGAACGUCUGUCGACCAGAAGAGAAACAUAUUUAAGAAAGACUUCCAUAACCAGCCGCCUCUGAUACCACAGGUGACCAUUAACAGUGAGUCUCCCAGUCCCAGCGAGGUGAAGAAAGGCUUCGUCAAUCACAGCUUUGACAUGAUUCCAAAUCCUUAUCCGUCACCAACAACAGUUCACCAGUUGCCAGAGCAGCGGUCUAAACAUGAGAGCCUUGAUGACCUACAGGACUCAACUUACUUUGGACCUGGGUCAGUCCCAGACUGGUCCCCCCAGCACCUUCAACCUCCCAGGACACAGCGAGCCAUCUGGAGCAACAAGAGUCACAGUUUAGAGGACCGUAUAGGCUUGGGCAGCGUUGGAGUGGGGAUGGAAUCACAAGGAGGGCAACUUCCAAGACGAUCAUCCCCUGCUAUCAGCAAUUUGGGGGGGUCUUCAGGAGGUGAGAGUGGGGAUAGUGGAUUGCUAAGUGGAGGUGAUGUAGUCAAGGCUCAGGGAACCCAGACAGACCCACCAGACCCCCGGCGCCUCCGUAGCCUGGUCCAUGCCGAUCGCCUCUCCUUCAUGACCUCAUUAGAUGACCCUGAAUUUGGUGAGGAUGACAUCAGUGCCAUCUUUCGUUUCUUAGAUGACAUAAGCAUGUGUGGUUCCACGGGAGUCCUGCACCCCAGUGAUGGAUCAGCGGCCAUUAAUCAGGACACCCCGGAGGCCCGACGUGGCCGCCUAGGUCAACUCCAAAGGCUUUUCCACUCCCUCGAAAGCAGCGAUGACGGGCUCAAGGCCAGUGUGUGUAAGCUGCUGCUCCGUAUGAGCCAGAUAGAAAGACAACUGGAGUCACUGAACGAUGUAAAGGCUGAGAUUUCUCAGGUGCUGUCUGCUCUGCAGCGACUGGAUGAAAAGAUCCAGCAGCCUAUCAGUGGUGGUGGACAAGGCACCAGUGGACGAUGGCUAGAGCCUCUCAGUGGUGUGUCUUCCUUUAUGAGCCACCCUCUAACCCCUUCUGAGUCAUCGGAGCCUCAGCCCCUGUCUGCAUCUGGUCAUAUGUUUCCUGGGACCAGCACUAGCAGUCUGGACUGGAGCCGUUGGAACACUCCUGGGGAGCAAACCGAGACCAGCAAAGGUCAGAUUGAUUCAAAGGGGAGUAAAGAAGGGAAGAAGGAUGCUUCAUCUCGUCGUACUUCCAAAACCCAGCUUGAGGAGAAAGGUGUCUCUGAUUCCAAACAGCUGAAUGUCAACUCUGCACGAGACUGGACAGUGUCCUUCUCAAAAAGUAAAGAUGGCAAAGCUUCACAUGGGCAGGCGGAUCAGUCAGGCAGCACAACUAACCUUCUCUCCCAAAAGUCCUCCACCCUGGUGGAACAAGUGUUUAACUCGUCCCUGUUCCGCCACAAAGACAGCAGUCUGACAGGUGGACUAACCUCUGGGAAAAUCAUUGACCCCAGACUGGCUGAGGGGAGGGGAAGGCCCAUAUGGACUGUCGAUGACAGAGAGGCACGAGUCACCCCGUUGGAUUCACAGGGCCAGGAGUCUCUGAACCCCAACAACAUGGAGUUCUGGAUGGAUGACAUCUACACUCCAGGCUAUGAUGCUCUACUCAGGCGUAAGGAGGCUAACCUCCGCCGGGUCAAGGUCUGCAAGCUGCUUGCACUCAUUGCCACAGCAGUGGCUAUAAUUCUUAUCAUCGUCAUUCCCAUUUGCACCGUGGGGUCAUGAAAAGCCUUGCAGAAAGCUAACAUUGUUGCCUGUUUUCAUUUUAUUCAUUUAUUUUCAGCAGCUAUGUGCUGUACCCAGGAACUUGCAUACCAUUCGCGUGGAGAUUAGUGGAUGAGAGACUGUGACUCCGGAACUCCUAAAGCUGCACCUCAGUACCUCCUUACAUUUCUCUGCAUGCAGCACCAUUAUUUAUGACUUCUGAAAAACCGGAGGAUUUGAAGUGUAGCUUACUUGAAAUCCGUCCCUCAUGCAGUUACAACAAAUUGUAAGUAAUCUCCAAUGCCAAAUCAUUUAUUUCAUGUUUUUUGUUCCUUAUCAUUUCAGGUGGCGCCAAAAGGAAGUCAUUAAAAAGUUUAAAAUAAUUCUAAAACAACUCUGAGAGGAUAUGUUGAAACUAGUAAUACUGAGCCAUUGCAAAAGUGUCAAUUUCCUUUGAUUUUCAUUUUGUCUGCUCUCUUCUGAGAAACAACACUGUUACAAAUGCAUUGUGAUUCAGCUUCAGCCUUGAGCACUGCCUGACUCUUUCUUGCUGUUCCCUUGAGAACACUACAGGGCUUAUUUCACGUCUAUGUAAAAUAAUAGUUUUAUCAGUACAUAAGAGUUUUACAUCUACAGUUUAUAAAUGGUAAUGGAUCCUGUC